AUGACGACAUUGCUAGAUCUUCCUAACGAGGUGCUCUCUCGGAUCGCCGAACGCCUAAGCGAUGCGGAUCACAAAGCGCUAUUCAGCCUGAUUUAUGUAAACAAACGCCUGAAUAUCAUCACUACCCCCUUUCUGGUCCGGCGCUGGCCUCCAGUGGAGAGAGAUGCCCUCGAGCAUAGCCCCGGAUAUGAUCGUUUCGUGUUGCACCUGUUACGCAACCCGACUCUUCGACGAUACAUCAGUCUCCUAGACGCGGGCGACUUUUCUACGCGUGAAGAUAGAGAUGAUGUGGAAACAGCCGUCAGUCGUGAUGAGCUGGAAGAGAUUGCGACUGCGGGCCUCCGAGACUGGCCCGCGCUUGCGGAGCUCUCGGAAUGGAGGGAGCAAAUAUCGGAGGGUAUUCAAGAUGCUUUCGUGGUGUUGAUCCUCUUGUGGGCGAGGGAUUUGGUGGAGUUCGAUUUCACUGUGCCUCUUAUCGGGUUAAUACGUCUAGAUGGCGAAGAACAGUUGACCUUGGGUUUCGUCAGCCAAGUUGCCCGAAUGUUCAGCGGCAGCUCUGAGGGCGCUAUUCUGGAUCACCUCCCCCUCGCGAAAUUGCAGUCCGUCCAAUACAAACAUGGGGACACGGAAUUUGGUGUGCAGGGCAAAUAUGCGGCGCCAUUCUUUUAUCUCCCUAAUCUGCGGACCUUUUUCGGGUUCAGGAUUGAGAUGGCUCCUUCACACAUAGAAGAAAGCUUUGAAGAUGGUGACGGUGACCAAAGCACAUAUCUCACUGAGUUUCCCGUUGGGACAUCGACUGUCGAGGAGAUCAUUCUCAAUACCUCUGAUGUGUGUCUGGAGGGGCUGACAACUCUCGUUCGGGCGUGUCGCAGGCUGAGGACCUUUGCCCUACACUAUGGGCCGGUUUUAGAUACCAGGGAAGUUGAUUCCAGUCGACUGGCCGAGCUUCUUUUGGCCCGGGCGGAUUCUCUUCAGAAUCUUGCGCUUGACUGGGGCGAAUCCCCAACCUUGGAAAUUACGGCUCAGGGUCCGCUGAAGAUCGAGCAAUGCUUCCAUCAACUCCACCGUCUCGAGUAUCUCGAACUUGCAUUGUACAUGCUGUGCGAAGAAAGCGAGAUCGAUGGGCAGGCUUUCAUCUCACUUAACUCGCAGCUACUCCCAAAAUCACUAAGGUGCUUGUGCUUAGUGGGAAAUGCGGACUGGCGUUUGAAGAAUGAAGUAGCUUUGACCAAACUGGUAGAUAGUAUCGAGGCAUUUAUGCUCAAAUGUGGUCCAGGGGGUGAAUUUCCGCACAUGGAGGCGUUGGAGCUGAUCUAUCUCACAUAUCGCCCCCCGACGUAUAACUACACGCAGCGCCUAGAGGAAACGGGUCGCAGAAAGAAUUUGAGAGUGAUAUUCAACAAAUAUCAAUGGCGGACGUGGCCUGGAUAUGGUUGA